CCGCGGCCCGGGCGACGCUACCUUAUGCUGGCACUGUCGGUAGCACCAGCGGAGCUGUGGUCAUGUCUGGUCGGGGCAAAGGCGGUAAGGGGCUCGGCAAGGGCGGUGCUAAGCGCCACCGCAAGGUGCUGCGCGACAACAUCCAGGGCAUCACCAAGCCGGCCAUCCGUCGCCUGGCUCGGCGCGGCGGCGUUAAGCGCAUCUCGGGGCUGAUCUACGAGGAAACUCGCGGCGUGCUGAAGGUGUUCCUGGAGAACGUGAUCCGCGACGCCGUCACCUACACGGAGCACGCCAAAAGGAAGACUGUCACAGCCAUGGACGUAGUCUACGCUCUCAAGCGCCAAGGUCGCACUCUCUACGGCUUCGGCGGCUAAAGCUUCCCCUUCUUCCCUGGUCACCGCCACAAAAUCAACAAAGGCUCUUUUAAGAGCCGCACACUUAAACUGAAAAAGAGCUGUGUUGCUUUAAAAACUGUGUUAAUUCUUUCAAAAUUUAUGCUUGCGCCUUUUCUAACUCGAUCUAUUUUCAUAAAGUGUUUCAUUUACCUAU